AUGUCUGCUACGCCUAGCUCGAUCUCGAGCAGCGCUAUGCGCCGUCACCCGGCCAGCCUGCUGCCCCGCAUUGUCCACAACCCCUCGAUUACGGACCUCAUUCGGUGCCCCGUGUCCCGGGAUAUGGUGGCCUACAUUGCGAAGCAGGCCACAGACGUGAUUCAAUGCUCGCCUGCUGGUCAGAGUGAGCAGAGUCAGGACCAGCAGUGCGCACCGCGGAUCCAAAACCUUCCGACCUUGGAAGCGUUCAUUAUGAUGCUUGUGGAGAAGAGUAACGUGCAAGUCCCUACGCUGCUGAGCACGCUCGUUUACCUCGAGCGCCUCAAGUUCCGCCUGCCGCGCGUCGCGAAGGGUAUGCCGUGCACGCUCCACCGCGUCUUUCUUGCGACGCUCAUCGUCGCAGCAAAGAAUCUCAACGAUUCUUCGCCAAAGAACAAGCACUGGACCCGCUACUGCGUAUACUUCUCGCAGGCCGAGGUGAACUUGAUGGAAAAGCAGCUACUCUAUCUGCUGGACUAUGAUCUCCGCAUUGAGGAGGAAGAAAUCACAUUCCACUUCUCGCCCUUUUUCCGUCGCUUUGAGACUCGCGCUGAUGCUGGCCGCCGCGAGAUGUUCUUGCGCGGCUGCGAGGCUGGUCGCGAGUGCGAGCGGUACGCGCGUGCUUCGGAACGCCGCGUUGCUCUGCGCAACUUGCCUGCGUCGCAAGUUCCGUGCUGGAACAAGCAUACGACGACCGACUCGCCGAAGCGCGUGUCGAAGAUCGACCCCAACCGCCUGUCGGCACCGCUGCUUACGCCGACUGCUGCACUCAAAUCGAUGACGUAUCACUCGCGCAGCAACUCGUCCAUCUCGUCCGAGGCCGAGCUCACCGACGACAACGGCUCUGCCUCGUCGUCGCCCGACGACGAGGCACGCGACCUGGACGAGAAUGACCGCUUCCACUCGACUUCGCGUUUGGUGAACCAGAUGCAGAUGCACUCGCUCGAGUCCAACUUGCCACGGUCGCAGUCGGCGAUCAUGUCCUCCAUGCAGGGUGGCGUGGACCACACACCGCCUCGCAUCAUCUCUCACCAAUCGAUCCAGAACCUGCAGGCGGUUGCCAAGCCCGCGUCAUACGUCACGACCUUGUCCAACGAGGGUACACCGGUGCGCAACGGCAAGACGGUGCGCGCGAUCCAGGUCGCCUCGGACGGAAUGCAGCGGUAUCUUACCUCGGUCAUUCCCUCGGGACUGAAGCGCACGGGGUCUAGAGUGCAGAUGCGUCCCCGGACAGAUGCGCCUUACUAUGCCGAGCAAUGA